AUGGCUGACACAAAGGCUCUAAAGGUUUCGAGGCGCAAUCUGAAGGGACAAUUGACGAGGACAUUAACAGCUAUUGUCAACCUCUCCAAUGACUCUGCAGAUACUAGUCUCCUCAAGCAGUACAUCGACAAGGCCGAGGAACAGUUCGCAAGGGUAGAAGAGACGCACGCAGAGCUUGUACAGGUAAUAGAGAACGACGUUGAAUUUGAAGCAGAGGAAACCUGGAUGGUCAACUGUGAGGCAGACUUUGUCCAGAAGAUUAAUGAUGGUAGGAAAAUCCUCAGCAAACAGCUGUCGCCAUCAUCAAUCAACCAAGCAUCCAAUCAACAGUCAACUACUCCUCCAAGCUCUCCUGCUCCUACCUCUCGGAAUCAAUCUGCAGGUGCCUGUGCUCCCAGGAUGGCGAGACUUAAAUUCCCAACAUUCAAUGGAGAUAUCAGGGAAUAUCAGAGAUUCAAGGAAAUGUUCCAACAUUGUACGAAGGAACUGUCGGAGAUUGAAUGUUUCUUCCAGUUGUCAGAAUCAAUGAUGUCUCAGAAGGAAAGAAACUUGGUCAAAAGCUGUUCGAGUGUAGCAAGAGCAUGGGAGAUGCUAGACCAACGCUUUGAUGACAAAGACCGAGUAGUUGACAGACUGCUACAGGAUUUGGAUAGUCUCAAGCCAUAUGAGAGUAAAGGAAAGGUUAAUCUUCCUGCAAUGGCAAACUUCAUCCAGGUUCUUCAGAAUUUUGAAUGCCAAGCAGAGACGAUUGGUUUAGCAGGUGAGAUGAAUAGCAGGAUUAUGCUGAGCCAAAUCAAGUUGAAGCUCCCAGAGGAACAUAGGAUUCUGUAUUACAAAGGUGUUCGCGAUGACAAUACUGAUGAUUCCCUCUCAGGACUCAGCAAAUGGCUAUAUCAACAGCACAUCCUAAUUGAGAAAUCAAAAUCUACUACAUCUGAAAGCUUGGAACCUACAAAGAGAGUUUCAAAGUCCUUCAACGCAGCCAUGUCGAGGGAGGAUACAUCAACUGCACACAUCCCAAAGUGCCCUCUGCACCCAAAGACCUCAUCUCAUUAUCUGAAAACAUGCAAUAAAUUCAGGUCUCUUGUGCUAAAGGAGAAAUUUGAUGUGAUGAAGUCUAACAACAUCUGCUUCAGGUGUGGCCAUAAUAACUGUAUCUCAGGCAAGCCACCUUAUGACCACAGUAAGUGCCAGUUCAGGUCACCAUGUCGAGUCCAGAUGUGUGGUAGUGAUGAGCACUUUCCCGCCAUUUGUACCAAAGCCCAUGAUGAUGCCAGAUAUCAGAGUCGAAGAGUCAGUGCUAAUCAAGAAGACAUUGUGAGACCCAUGCAUUCCAACAGCUCAGUUCAAUCUUCUACAAGCACAGAAGUAGGGAAACUGCAGGCUACCUUACCAACUGUGAUGGGUUUUCUGCGAUGUGGUAACAAACGACACCCUGUACGCAUCCUGAUAGAUGGGGGUAGUCAGGCCACCCUCGUAAGAACAGGAAUCUUUUCCAGAAUUGAUGGCGACUGUUACCAGGACCAUGACCUGAGCCUUGUAGGUGGAAGCAUCAUCAAACGCAAGCUGAGGAUCCUGGAAUGUGAAAUCGAGGAUAGCCAAGGAAAUUGUUCAUAUCCCUUGAGAGCCAUUGAGAUCGAGAAACCCUGUGGAGAUAUACCUGUCAUUACUCCUGAGCAGCUGAAAUCCUAUGACCACCUGACAGGUGUAAAUAUUGAUGAAGCCUCAUCACCAGUAAUUGAUAUAUUACUUGGAGUGGACAAUACUCACCUUAUGGUCUGGGAGGAAUAUAUCAGAGGAGGCAGACCCGAUGAACCAGUUGCGGUAAGAUGUCCCCUAGGUUGGUUUAUUCAAGGAGGUCCAUCUAACACAGCACCACUUCUUAACUACGUUAACGUGGUCGCUUCAGGAUCCCUAGAGGAGUUCAUUGGACUCGAGACGGCUGGCUUGGAACCCAGGAAAUGCAAGUGCAUUUCUGAUGAUGAGAAAGGAGCUACUGAAUCCAUGAUGAAGAGUGUCAAUCAACUACCAGAUGGUUCUUAUGAGAUCCGCUUACCCUGGAAGCGAUCUCCAGAAGGGUUACCAGAUAACUAUGAGUACGCUGUAAAGAGACAGAAGAGCCUUGAGAACCAGUUCAGAAAUCGCCCAAAGGAAUGGGAGGUCUACUGUCGGCAAAUGAAGGAUCAACUGGAAAGGGGUGUCUCUCGGCUGGUGACGCAGGAUGAGUUGCAACAAGACAGGGAAACAGGGAACAAGAUGUGGUUCCUUCCACACUUCGCAGUUGUCAAAGACUCAAAAACUACUCCAGUCCGUGUUGUAUAUGACGGUAAGGCGAAAUUUCAAGGACAUUCCCUGAAUGAUUAUCUUAUCAAAGGAGAGAACGUCAACUCAAAUCUGUUUGAGGUAGCCCUCCGGUUUCGUGAAAAUGAAGUGGGCGUGAUCGCUGACAUUUCGAAGAUGUUCCAGGCGAUCAAGAUUCCCCCAGAUGAUGCUAGAUUCCACAGAUUUGUGUUUAGAGAAAAUCCAAAUUACCCAAUGCAAGUCUAUGAACUGAGGACCGUUACAUUUGGGGACAAGCCCUCCCCUACUGCAGCAAUAGUCACUCUCAGACAUGUGGCUAGUGAACAUGCACCGGAUGAAGACAAACUACAGAAAGUAAUCACGGAGCAAUUCUAUAUGGACGACCUGAAUGAGUCAGUCAGGACCACUGAGGAAGCUCUGGAGCUGAAGUCUAAAUUGACGGACACGCUGAAGAAGGGAAACUUCAACAUAAGGAAGUGGCAAUCUAAUGUGAAAAAGGUAUGUGACGAGACAGAAAACACUGAAACUGCUACAGUUCUUGGAACCAGUUGGGAUCUAUCUAAGGAUACACUGAGCGUGAAGAAGGUCAAACCCUCUGACGAUACUACCCUGACCAAACGGAAGAUUCUUGCUCAAACGGCAUCCUAUUACGAUGUUUUUGGAAUGCUUUCUGGUCUGUUGGUACGCCCCAAGAUUCUUCUUCAAAUGUUAUGGCAAAUAGACCUUGACUGGGACUCCCCUAUUGACAAAAGCAGUGAAUUGUAUGCCAUGAUGAGUAAGAUUAACAGAGACCUUGACAAAAUGGAUGGCAUUGAGAUUCCAAGAUGUCUGAUACCGGAGCCUUACAGGGGAAAGAGACCUCUACCUACAGCAUAUAUGCAUGGUUUUAGCGAUGCAUCGGAGGACGCUAUGGGUUUCACAGUUUGGCUGAGAUGGUCCCAUACUGACAGUCAACAAGCUCAUUUAUCCUUUGUCUGUGCCAGGUCUAGGGUGACGCCACUAAAGCAAACAAGUAUGCCUCGGAAGGAGUUACAAGCUCUUCUCCUUCUAUCCAGAUUGAUGUACACCAUCCGAAGUGCUCUACGCCUCAACAUAGAAGGAUGGAAGAUAUGGACAGACAGCAUGACGGUGAUAAGUUGGCUAAGAGGGCAAUCGAAAACCUUCCGCUCAUAUGUUGCCCAUCGAGUUGGUGAGAUCACUUCUGAAUUUGACCCCUACAGUGAUAUCGCCUACGUUCCCACAGAUGAAAAUGCAGCUGAUCUCAUUUCUAGAGGAGGCGAUGUCACAGACAUGCAGGAGGUCAUUGAUGGACCAGGAUUCUUGAGAUUACCUCCUCAAUCAUGGCCGAAGACACCUGAAAACAUUCCCGUCAAACCAGGAGAUCCUGAACGGAAGAAAUUUCACUCCCGAAACAGCAAGACUUUCGCAUUAUCUGUGAAUGCUGUGUCCAAGAAUUCUCCAAUUGUUGAUGCAACCAAAUUAUCUAGUUGGUCUAGACUCCAGAUGGUCACGGCCAGGGUGUUAUCCCUCAAGGAGCUUCCACGGAAUCAAUGGCUGAAGCAACUCAUCCGGCAGAUCUCUGAAUGGCCAUCCCAAAGAAUGAUCAAGGAAGCAGAGCUAUAUUGGGUCAGGCAAGCACAGAAAGGGAUAUAUUUCCAAGAUCCCAAUAUACAGAAACUCAGUCCAUUCUUUGAUGAGGACCAACAGGUGUAUCGUGUUGGCGGACGUCUUGGUAGGGCCCCUUUGUCGUAUGAUGUUCGCCAUCCUUAUCUUCUGCCAAAGAAUAGCCACAUUAGCUUCCUCCUUGUACGUGAUAGACAUCUACAUGCCCUUCAUGGUGGUCAUUUGCGGACUGCGAAUGAGGUCAGGAAGAGGAUUUGGAUAGUAGGCGACAUGAACAUCGCACGACGUGUUGUUCGUUGUUGCAUCCCUUGCAGACGAUAUAGAGGAAGACCGGCACACCAGAGAAUGGCCGAUUUACCAGAGUUCCGGAUCAGCCCUUGUUCUCCACCCUUCAAGACCACCUUGGUAGACUAUCUAGGCCCAGUAAUGGUGAAACUGAAUCGUAAUACCACGACCAAAGGAUACUGUGCUUUAUUCACAUGUGCAGUUACCAGGGCUGUCCACUUGACUGUUGUCCAGGACCUCUCAACUCAGGCUUUCCUUCAAGCCUUGGAAAGGUUUGUCAGUGUUAGAGGAGCACCUGCCAUGAUGGUUAGUGACAAUGCCACUUGUUUCCGAGGGGCUGACAAUACAAUCAAUGAACUGAAUCUUAAACUCAACCAAACACAGGUCCGUGAGCACUGUCAACGUUUCAAAAUCGAGUGGAAGUUCGGACCACCAGGAGGACCUCACCACCAAGGAGCGGUUGAGCGCAUGGUCCAGGAAGUAAAGAAAGCUAUGCGGCAUCUUGUGAAGGCGGAUCGUCUAACCUUUGUGGAAUGGGAGACCAUCUUCUGCAGGAUCUCAGGUCUCAUCAAUAGCCGCCCCCUGACUGCGAUGUCUUCCUCACCCAUGGACCAUCCUCCAAUUACCCCCAAUCAUUUUCUUAUUGGUAGAGGGGAAUUGACCUGUCCAGACAUCCCUUGUGAAGACUACAAAGGAGAUCCACGCAAACGUAGAGAACUUUGCAAUAAAAUGGUGGACGGGUUUUGGCAUAGAUGGCUUGGCUACAUCCACAAGUUGACGCCACGUCAGAAGUGGCAACAUUCUGCAGAGAACAUGGAGAAGAACGAUAUUGUCCUUGUCAUCGGUGAUGACAAAAGACGUGGGUCUUGGAAGAUGGCCGAAGUAGUAGACACCAAACCUGGACAAGAUGGACUGGUAAGAAUUGUUGAAGUGAAGUUUGCAGACGGCACAUGUGCAAACAGACCCAUCACUAAACUUGUAUCUCUGAUGAAGCGAGAGGAACGUUCAGACAUUUAG